AUGACAUGGACCAUCAGUUGUGGGGUGGUAUGGGUAUCAAACGGUCUGAUGAAGAAGAGGAAGGUGAAGACGGGGAAGGAGGCGAUGGAGAAGAUGAGACCAACGAGCGAGAAUGAAACACGUUCUGAAGCGGAAGACUCCGAGGUGGAGGAGGAUAUGGGAAUUCUAGAGGGAAUCUUCAAUGUUCUUCACGCACGGGAAAUAUACCCCUUUUCUCACUUUACAAUUGCGAUAUUCCGUUCUCCUUUCGGUAAGCAAGAACUAGAAGAUGAUGCCCGUAAUCCUUUUGCACUUUUUCAGAUGAGCGUCACGGUGUUUGCCUCAAGCUCUAAGCUUGUAAUGGCUGAGGAUGCGGAGAUCUCAUUCAGACCAGGCUAUCCCAAUCCAAAUGUACCUCCGGCUAUGACUCUCCCCGUUGAGCUCAUCACCGACAUCUUUGAUUCUGCGUGCGCUCCUCCGUCGCUUCUCGACCCAUACCUAGGAAGUGGACCCAUGUCACCAUGGGCCCAGAACCUGCGAUUCCAGAAAGGCCUCACGGUUGUGUGCAGAGCCUGGUCCUGGGCAGGAAGAGAGCUACUAUACCGUGAUAUCGCUAUUCGGCGCCCUAACCAACUUCCGCUCCUCGCACACGUGCUCUCCAAUGAUUCAACCUCGAUGCUGGCUCCGAUGGUGAAAAAGCUUCGACUCUUGUGCUUUGUCUUGCCUAGCCAGCAUCGUGUGCUGGAUCUAUCCCUCAGUGCAGUCUUGUUGAUGUGUACCCGCUUGAUGCACCUUGUGCUCAGCCCCGUACUGGAUGAGCUCCAGUCCUCGUUGCCUAGUAUGACUAGAUCUGCGCUCACAGAGCUGCAGUCCGUGCCUAAGGCUCGCCGAUAUAUGAUCACACACAUCGAACUUGGUACCUCUGCUUCACUUUCGCAUGCCAUCCUCGAGCUCAUGCAGUUCCCCAAUCUCACACUUCUCUCUUGCGAGGUCGACAAUCUACCACCUACCGCCGAUGGCGAGCCAUAUAUACUCCCCCAGCUCGAGGACCUCCGCCUCACUGGCAUAAGGCGUUCAGAAGGCGGCACCAUCAGCUGCAACAGUUAUCGCUCGAUGGCUUGGGGCCUUACGCUACCGGCGCUACGCAAACUCUCGCUUCCCUUGGGGCGGGUGCUAACCAAUCCUUCGCAUGCCUGCUGCAAGUCAUUUCUCAGGAAAUACGGAAGCCAACUCCGCUAUCUCGCUAUGUAUGAGGUAUCACCUCCUUCCCUGCUUCUUUGUGAGCUCAUGCGAUUUUGCCCAAACCUUGAGCACCUUGUUGUGCCCUCCGGGGUGAGCUUAGCGAGCCUCAAUCACCGAAAAAUUGUUUGGAUCGAUAAGCUGGCCCAUGUAUGGGACCGUACCGCAUUGUUUCUCGAUAACCUGCGGGAUAGAUUUAAGACCCUGCCGCGCUUGCGACGCAUGCGCAUCCUUGACUACGCCCUAUUCCCUACUGUGGGAAUGGAGUUGCCGCUUAUCAUACCGCCGCAUCUUUAUAUGGACCCCGCCGAGGCGGAUUCACAAGGCAUGCUGUUAUACCCUGGGGUUGCGGUAUGCGUAAAGAAACGCGAGGUCUGCCGGCUGGAUAUGGAGUGUAUGCGUAUGCAGGAUGACAUGGGCCGUCAGGAGUUCAUACGGAAAUGGGGAGGUGCUAAAGGAGAAACAGGCAGAGAUGAAGGAGGGGAAGGGCAAGAAGAGGACGAGGAAAAUGACGACGAGGACGAAGACAAUGACGACAACAGGAGCACAGAAGGGGAGGCAUCUUUACUAAGCGAGGAAACACUUCCUGAAGUAAAGAUGGAUGAGAUGGAUGAGAACAUAGAAGCACUAGAAGCAAUGCUUAUUUCUCUUCAGCUUUGUUCAUGA